CCUUGCGCUCCUUGUCUGCCUGGAGUGCGACGACGCCCGCCGGCAUAUUCGCAGCCGUGCACACCUGACCGGGCGUGUGAAGUCACCUGGGCACCGCGGGGAGGACGCGGAGGCUGCUGGACGCCAGAGCCCAGGACAAGGGGUGGACGAUGGCGUUCGUGAAGAGCGGGUGGCUGCUGCGGCAGAGCACCAUACUGAAGCGCUGGAAGAGGAACUGGUUCGACCUCUGGUCCGACGGCCACCUGGUCUACUACAGCGACCAGACCCGGCAGAGCAUGGAGGACAAGGUGCACCUGCCGGUGGACUGCAUCAACCUCCGCGUGGGGCUCCAGUGCUGCGACGUGCAGCCGCCCGACGGGAGGCCCCGAGACUGCAUGCUGCAGGUGGUUUGCCGGGACGGGAGGACCGUCAGCCUCUGUGCGGAAAGCCCGGACGACUGCCUGGCCUGGCAGUUCACACUCCAGGACUGCAGGACAAACACGGCUUACGUCGGCUCGGAAGCCGUCUACGACGGCCCCACGGUGGGCGCCCCGCCUCCACCUCCGUACACGGCCUACCCCGCUCCGGACCCCGAGGCCUACGGCUACUGCCCGUACGGGGCUGCGUACGCGCCGCCGGGCGCGCAGGUCGUCUACGCCGCCGACGGGCAGGCCUACGCGGUGCCCUGCCAGUACCCCUACGCAGGGCUCUGCGGGCCGCAGCCCACCCGCCACAUCAUCGUCCGGGAGCGGCACCCCGGCGGUGACGGCGACCUGGCGCUGGGCAUGCUGGCCGGGGCCGCCACGGGCAUGGCCCUGGGGUCCCUGUUCUGGGUCUUCUAGGGCCUGGGGCCGGACGUGCAGGCCGAGGACGCCCCUGCACAGGCCUGUCACCGCCAGGUGGUGCAGUGCACGGUGAAUGUCCCCGGUGAACGUCCUCGGUGAACGUCCUCGGUGAUUGCUCCCAUCCUUCUUUCGAAAGUAGUGACGUCAUAGCUCCAACCCACCCACGGGAGAACCACAGGGAAGGCCGCUGGGCCGACACCCGGACUCUUCGGGGCACUGGCUUGUUCUGGUGGCUCCUCCUGGAGCUCCCGGGGGCGUCACUGGAACGCAGCCAGUGGGCACGGCCCUGGAGGGCGGCGUGGCGUGCCGGGGACCAUUGUCCAGGACCAUCGUCCAGGGCCGUGCUGGCGGCACGAUGAGGAACGCGCUAAGCAGGAGCCUGGCCGGAAAACGAACUGCAGCUGCUUUUGGUUUAAGGUCGGACGUGCAAGCCUCAGGGGCCGGAACUGGCCCUGCUCCUCCCAGAGCUGCGGGCUGGUGAGCGGCCAGGGGACGUCCCCGGGGCCGUGUGUGACGGCCCGCGGCCCUCCAGCAAGGCCGCCUGCUCAGGGUGGUGGCCGGGAGGGGCAGUCCCUGCUUUUAGGAUGAAGAAGCUGCUCGGGUGUGGCGUCUGGUGUGUUUUUGGUGGUGACCUUUGGGAAACGUGACACGUUUGCCGUUGACUCGAGCCUCAGAGCGUCGGGCUUUGUCCUGUGAAACCUGAAGCAGGCAGAACGGCCAGAACGCGUAGGCGGAGGGAGAUUUGCGCUGUGCGGCGCGCCGCGUCGUCAGUGCGGCCUGGCGUGUUCCCACCGUGGCCUCCGCCCGCUCACCGUUUCCCUCCGCAUGUUGAGAAGGGACCGGGGACGUGCUGGGAGCACCCCCCCCCCCGCGGGGUUCACUCCAGAGGCUGCUCCCGAGCAGGUGUCCCGUCCCUGAGGACGGGGGAGGGGCGCGCAGCCCGGGUGGGGCGCGUGGGAUCUGGGCUGUCGGGAGGGUCUAGGGAGAGCGGAGAAGUGACCUCAGGACGCGCGUGACCUGCGCCGGGUCCUGCCCACCCCGGCCAGGACGCCGCCUGGUGUCGACCCCUGACGGCUGGUGUGAGCUCUGCAAAACCCAGGUGGACCCUUUCACUGCGUGAGCCGUUGAAGCUCCUCACUGUUCCCGUCUUCUGCCCUGCGUGCUCUGGAAAUGCCCCCUCGCAAAUGCAGCUCAGGCCCCUGAAGGCCCCUGCACCAUCCCUCCCUGUGGCCCUGGUCCCCAUAAUGCACACUCCUGGCCACGCAGACUCUGCUGUGUCCGCGGCAGGCCUGCCCUCCCGUGGGGGCGGCUGCCUCCACCCCCGAGGCUGAUGGAAACGGAGCGUCCUGUGCUCCCGGAGGGCACCGCAGACUUGCCUCCCUGGCCAGCACGCGCACACACUCGUGGACACUGGAGAGCCUGCAGAGUCUGUUUCCAGUCGAGGGGAGGCGAACUUGACCAGCUCUGGACGUUGGACCCGGGGCUGUGCGCCACCACUGGUCUCCAGGGUCGAAAGUGUUGCCUUUGUGAGUUCACGCCCUGUCAGCGAGACUGGCUUUUCCUGAUGGUGAUUGUUUUUAAAGCUGUGUCCCUUACUUACGGAAAUUAAACAGUUUUGAAUGUG